AUGAUUAUUUUAUUAUUAAUCUUAAUACCUACACUAUUAUCAGAUAACAUUUAACUAGCCAGAGUUCAGUAUUGCGGUUGUGGAGUUGCUCUUAUACAAUCCUUAUGCAUCUAAUUAGACGAUUGCAGAUGGCAGAAUUACACUUGUGUUAACAUUACAGGUGUCCCCUAAACAAUUGUAGUCACACCCAAUAAUACAAAUACCGAUAACAACUCUACUGAUAAUAAUAGCACCGAAGGCAAUAAGACAGACACUACAUAAAAUGAAUAUGAUUUUACUGAUCCUGAUUUUGACUAUGAUUCUGUAGCUGUAACACAUAAACAAUAUGAAAUACCUGAUAUCAUUGAUGAAAGUGGAAAUACAGAUGAAGGUAUAAAAUCAUUCUUUAUAUUGUAAAAUAGGUACUGAUACAGGUACUGGUACUGGUACAGAUACAGGAACUGGUACAGACACAGGUACUGGUACAGACACAGGUACUGGAACAGACACUGGUACAGGAACAGAUACUGGAACAGGAACUGAUACUGGUACAGAUACAGGAACUGAUACUGGUACAGGAACAGAUACUGGAACAGGCACUGAUACGGGUACAGGCACUGAUACGGGUACAGGCACUGACACAGGUACUGAUACAGGUACUGAUACAGGUACUGAUACAGGUACUGGUUCAAAUACUAAUAACACAAAUACUAACAACACAAAUACAAAUACAACAUAAACUUAUACGUAAUCCACGUCCAUCACAUACACCAAAACAUAUAUUAAUAAAACGUUUAAUGAUAAAGUAACAUGUAGUUAAUAAAGUGAUGAAGCUGGAUGUAAUAGUAAAAGAUGGCCUGAUUAAAUAUUUUGUAUAUGGAAAAACAGCACAUGUAUUUCAGGAUCAUGCACUGAUUUAGAUUUACUAGAAUGCGAAAAAACAUUCUUCUGUGUUAAUUUUGGCUACUGCUAAUCCUGCGUAAGAAUAUAACAAUAUUUUAGAAAGCAAUAGAAGUAUAUGCAAACGCACUUUUAGCCUGGAUAUUAAUAAUAGUAUUUGUAAUAUCCUGA